CUCUAUAGUUAAAUGCCAUCGAUGUGUCGUCGUCGUCCAUAUGCGGCAACUUCCAGAAGCGCGCUAUAUCGGCACAGAAGCUCACAGGGAUGUGGCUGUUUGUAAAGUCGUGGCGUAACCGGGAGAAUGGCGUAAACGGGAUAGUGGGGAAUAUCGAGCAUCAAGAGUAUCACCAAACCAAUGUAAACCCCCAACAUGGUGCGAAAGCGUAGUCAGAAAGCCGAAGAACUAGAAGUUUUAUUGGCACAAGCUGUUGCUGGAGUUAAAUCCGGAUUAUACAAAUCUUCGUACGGUGCUGCAAAGGCUUUACACCUUCGGCCAGACACAGUCCUUCAACGCGUUAAUGGGAAACUGUCACGGAGAGAAGCUCGACGACAACAACAACUGCUAUCGCCAGCGCAAGAGCAGACACUUUUAAAGUGGAUUAAGGUGCUAACAAUUAGUGGAUAUGCUCCUAGUCACCGUAUAUUGCGGGAUAUUGCUGACGAAAUCCGUGUCAACCGAUGCCGCGUUUUCGAACUGUCGCACCCUAACAGUCAACAUGCCCAACACACGCAUCACGAAGAUAUUCCGAACUUUCCCCUUGGACAAGACUGGGUCCCACGGUUUAUAAAACGACAUCCGCAUUUACAAAUCCAACUAGGCAGACGGGUCGAAACACAAAGAAUGAGUGGAGUUACAAAAGAUGUGUUAACGGGGUGGUUUGACACGUACAAGGACCUUGUGGCGCGUCUAGGAAUACAAGAACACAACGUGUAUAACAUGGAUGAAACUGGAUUUUCGAUUGGCACUAUGGAGUGUACUCGGAUCAUCGUUGAUUCUACACUCCGUACAUGUCACCAGGCACACCAAGGCCGGCAGGAAUGGGUGUCUGUUGUUGAAUGCAUCUGUAUGUAUGGAACGACCAUUAACCCUCUUAUUAUAUUCAAGAGUCGGAACAUCUUACAAAACUGGAUCCCUCCUGAGGUUAUCGAUAAAUGGCACUUCUCUGCUAAUACAAAGGGUUGGACAAGCAACUUACAUGGCAUCGAGUGGUUAAAACGCGUGUUUGAACCAGCAACGCAUGCGAAAGUGACAUCUAAUGGAGCACAACAACAACGGUUACUCAUAUGUGAUGGCCACGACAGUCAUAUAAGUGGCUUUAUAUCCCAUUGUAUCAAAAUCGAAUAUCUAUCCUUGUCCUCCCACCGCACACUUCGCAUGUGUUGAAACCACUCGAUGUUGCAGUCUUCGGAUCUGCAUACAUCAAAGCGAGAGCAAUUGUGCUAUCUACUCAUAAUAUUACAUCUGCGUGGAGGGGUGCUGGUCUACAACCUUUCCAACCUCAACGGGUGAUCCGGAUGGUGACGCUCCAACAGACAGAUGUGACAGAUGAUCAACCAAAAACACCAACUGAGUACGAUAUUUUUGACACUGUCUUUCAGAACAGUAGUCCACCCGACUGUUCUACAUUGCGCAAAGUGAACACUGUCUUGGUUGCGGCCUUAGAGAAGCGUACAGUCCUAAACACACCCACUACUCAAUAUAUCUGUCGGUUGGCUGAUGAGACUGAGCGACUUAAUACACGCAACUUUUUACACCAACGCGAGGCAGAUAACCUACGAUCAAUAAUACAAACACGAAAAGCACAGAGCAAAGGGAAACGCGCAAUUUUAAAGGGCC